CCACUGCGGACUGCGUCAUCGGCGCGCGCGCAGCGAGCUUCAGCGCGCAAUGCUAGACGUGACGCGGUCGCGAAUGUUGCACUCAACCCCUGAAGAAGACCAUCGAUUAAGGUCGAAAAUAGUCGGACCGCUUCUGACUAAAAUACUACGCGAUUAAGUCCCGUUACUUUUAUACUUUAUUAGAUAUACGGCUGCGAAUAGUCGAUCUCCUAUCACAACUGCGAUGACUACCAAGACGACAAGAUGCAUAUCGUUAUCCAAACUUAUCGAACUUAGCAAACGAACCAGUUCACCUACCAACCGCUAUUAACAUAGUAGAGGUCUCGUAGCGUUAAAGUGAAUUGUGAUUUGAAUAAAAUUUUUCCUGUUUCAUUUGUAAGCGAUUCUUUGUACCACGCAGACAUGAGCGCCUUAAAAAGUUUUGUAUUUUUAUUAUUCAUGAUAUCAGUGUUUGUGUCGAAUAUACAUUGUCAAGUGAACAAGCGAUUUUACCGAAAAGACUACACAUAUUUGAUUUCGAUAGAUAACUUCUAUAAAGUCCAUACAAUUCAUCGGACAUGGGCAGAAGCCAAAAAACGUUGUGAAUUGGAAGGAGCCAAAUUGUUCUACCCCCAGAAUGCGAAUGAGGCCGAGGAAGUUGUUAAGUUCUUGAAAGAAACACAGCCGUUUUCUUGGGUCCUUGUUGGCAUCUCAAAUACCAUUUCUAAAGAAGUAUUUGAAACUAUUGACGGUAAUCCAAUAGAAGACGUAUACAACCGCUGGGCGCCGGGAGAACCUAACGACGCGGAUGGAAUGGAAGGCUGUGUUACCUUGAACAAAGAAGGAAAAUUACACGACGAUCGCUGUGAUAAGAAAUACCCUUUCAUAUGCAAGAAAGCCUUAGCCGAUCUCGAAUGGAACAAAGACUGUGAUAUGCCUGACAAAGAUUACAUAUUUAACCAAAAAUUGGGAAAAUGCUACAAGUUCCAUUUGACCCCGAAGAAUUGGACUGAUGCAAUCACUACUUGUAGUGCGGAGCAGUCGUACCUUGCCAUAAUUGAAAGUCAAGUGGAAGCUGACCAUCUGGUACAAAUGACGGCUGACGCGCCGAAGCAUAAGGUUCAUGGGGACUACUUGGCUGGUACUGUUCAUUUGGGCUUCCAUAAAAAAUAUUCAGAUGAGUGGAAAACCAUUAAAGGGGUACCUCUCUACAACAGUGGUUACGCAAAAUGGGGCGGAGGUCAACCGGACAAUAGGGGAGGCACAGAAGUAUGCGGCAGCAUGUUCUAUGAUGGCGGCCUCAACGAUAUGAGCUGCUACGUACGGUGCUUCUUUAUAUGUGAACACGACAUUGGCAUUUUCGCCGGCACUAGUAACGAUCGAUUUAAUUAGUUAUUGCAAAAGCAACCCAUUUAGAUGCGGAAUGUGUUCAAGAACGAUAUUUUGUCUCAACAUUGAUGUUAACUCAAUAUUACUACAAAAAGUAAAUGUCUCAACAAUAUAAUCUCCAGACCAACGACAAAAGUGUGCAUAUUCAUUAUUACAAACUGUUAAAAUACA